AUUAUGUCUACGCAAAGCUUGUAAUACCUUGCGCAAGUUGUCAUUGUGGUCGGCGAUAGUGUCACCGAAAACUAUAAUAUCAUCGAGGUAAACAAAUGCUUUCACAUCCCCGAUCUCAAACAAAACGGUAUUCAUUAGUUUUUGAAAGGACUGUUCUUCAACCCCAUUGGCAUUCGCGUAAAUUCAAAAUGGCCUUUUGGUGUGGAAAACGCCGUUUUAGCCGCAUCUCGGCGAUCAAUCGGAACUUGAUAAAAACCCGAUUUUAAAUCAAUUGAGGAGAAAUAUUUUGCUCCUCCAACAUUAUCCAAUAUCUCAUUUAUAAGAGGUAUUGGGUAUACAAAAGGCUUGGUAACUUCGUUCAAUGAUCUGAAGUCCACAACAAUUCUGUAUCUUUUAUUAGCGUCAGCAUCCGGUUUCUUUGGUACACAUAAUACCGGUGCAUUCCAAGGACUGGUGCUGGGUCUUAUAAUACCCUGCGCCCUCAUUUCAUCGAUUUCUCUAUUAAUGUGCCUUUUUGUAGCUUCCGGAAAUCUGUACUGUCUCUUGUUGAUCGGGACUUCCGAUGACGUCUCGAUAGUGUGUACGGCGGCGUCAGUCGUAGUCAAUCUGUCGCCUUUGAAAAAGAAAAUGUCUGCGAAGCUUUCAACUAUAUUCUCCACUGUCUUAAAUUCCAUAUCAGGCAAGUGGGCCAAAUUUAACACUUGCCGUAGUUUUUCAAUUCUUGCAAUACCUUUUGACUCUGGUGUCAGCUUGUGCUCCAACAGGUCAUAGUCAAGCCUCGAGUCUAGAUCUAACUCGGGCAUCAUAAUAUUCUUCGAGUCAAGAAAAUUAUUCUUCGGCUCUUCAUCCCGAUAUGUUUGGUGCCCUCUAUUUAUUUCGUUUUUGUCUACGUCAGCCUCAUUGUGGGCUGUGUUGCUAGUAUCUCGCAACUCGUUCUGCACAAUGACUCUAUUUCUGGCUGCCAUAUAAACAUGUCGACUAAGGACUUCUUCUUUGGGCAUUCUCCACGGACUCAAGUCGUCCGGACUUCUAUUGCCGUGUUUCUUGAACACGAUGUAAUCAAAAUUAUUCCCAAUUUGAAGCGUAUGCUUCUUUAAAAACUCAGCUCCGAUUAUUCCGUCGCUUGGCAAAUUUUCUAAUAUAUGAAAUUGUGUCGGGAUUAGGAAGUCUCCGACUAUUAAAUCCAACGUAAUUGUACCUGAGGUUCGUACAAUGUUGCGGCCGAUACCUCCAAAAGUAGUUACAUUCUGUGUAUUUACCGGUACAUUGAAAAGGUUUACAAUGCGUGCAUUAAUUAUAUUCGUACAUGCACCUGUAUCUAAGAUUAAGUUUAACGUAAAUUGGACAUUCUGCUUAGCCAGCAGCGUUAACAUUAAGUACCCUUUGACAUCGUAAUAGACGCGCUUAGCCACACAAGCACUGUUGUCUCUUAUGUGAUUGCAUGCGGUCCUCCAAUCGGCUAUUUCUAUGUUGCUGGGUUCAUCUGUGCACAUACGCCAGUCGACGUCCUGACACAAUUCUGCGAAGUCAUCGCUGAAAUACUCUUGUGCAAAUGGAUCUUUUAUAACUUGUUUUGGGAAAUUUGUAUCCCCCCUUCCAGUAUGUCUUAUACUCAAAAUAUUUCGGUGUCUGCGGUCGCACGGGUGAUCGGACCGUCCGUUCAUUGAUCCGCUCUGACCAUAAUAAUUGUGCUGCCUGUUUCUGGCAUAGUUCUCCUGAAUACGCCAAUUCCUAGGAGCGUCGUGAUUGUUAUAACUUCCGAUUCCCGCUAUAUCUUUCAUAAUUUCUAGUUCUGCGACUGAUAUGCCUAUCUCUUUUGAGCCACCUUUUUCUAUAACUCGUACCCGUGUGGUUGAUUGAGAGAAUAUUUCUGCUUCUGAUACAAUGCUUGAGCGCGGCGUGCUGUUUUUCGAGCAAUUUUAAGCCACGCAACCGGUUCUCAAUAUCGGUGAUAUGUUUGAUCUCCUGUUCAUAAUUUUCUAAGUAAUCAAGCAGCUUUUCUAAUUUCAGCGCUUCUCUACCUCCGGCGGCUUCUUUCAAUAAGCUGUCGUGCAGCCCUGCUAUACAAUGUAACCGGAGACUCACUAUCAUACAAGACUUCUCACAUUUGUUUUCAUAGAAGUCGAUUUGUCUCUUAAUUUUAAGUACUCUUCUUUUGUAUUCAGGGAAGGUCUCAUACACUCCCUGCCUCAACGUUUCUACCUGAAUAAUUACCGCUCCUAUAGAUAUAUUUCUAGUUCGACUACCGAUCCGUCAUAUUCUGGGAUGCACUGCAUGGCAUCUCUUUCUGGGAACGUGUACUCCAUUUUAAAAUAAGUAUUACUCCUUCUGAUAAAAAAGAUUCUAAAGUUUCUUUUAAAUAAUUGUAAAUUAUUUCAAGCUCUUUCUAAAUAAUUACGAUUCUAUAUCGCUGAUAUUGUAUCAUAAAAAAUUAAUAGCACUGUAAAAUUAUCCGUCUGCAAAGACGACUCUAAAGGCUCAUGUGGCCUUCUUUCUCUUUUUUCUAGGUAUCACUAACGAUUCUGUUGACCAGAUGUGAUAACGUAGCGUGACCGACUCUAAUUUCUUCGUCGCGCCAUCAAAAAAUCUGAACACCAAGGUUCGAACCAUUUGGUGUUAAAACUUUUUUUCAAUUAAAUAAAUACUUUUAGAUUUUAAUAGUAAUUAAAUGAUUAUUGAAAUAAUUCAUGAAUUAGUAUUUAAACUUCCAACAUUAUAUAUCUCUGCCGUUAGUUACUAUUUUCUCUACCGGCGGAUAUUUAACCAUCGCUGCGCGCGUUGCGCUAAUUGAUCUAAUUUUUACUUUGACCUACUCAACAUUUCAUCGCUACUGAUUCGUUUUGCUUAUGCUAGCAGCACGAUCUGCCAUCGGCCAUUAAAAUUACUGCAUACAAACCGCGACCUUGACCGUGCCUGGCACAGCUUAUCGCAAUAACACUGUAAAAUACGUCACCUAUUCAACCUGGUGGCAUAAGAACGGGAUGACAAGCAUUCUAGCAUAUGCUACUAUACUAUAUAAGUGAAGACGCGAUCGCAGAGGCUCUCACGCUCUUUUUAUAUCGCUAACGAUAGCGUAGCUCCCAAUUUACAUACUUGCUGUAUGGCUACCAGUAGUCAGCCUAUACACCAGAGAGACGGGCGAUCUUUAUAAUUUUGCAUUGCCGUUAUCCGUUUUGAUGUUGACAGUUGCCUUAACGGUGAGUGUCUUGUCAUUUCUCUUAUGUAUAGGUUCGCUAGCUACCAGUGAGCUAAAACUCUUUUUCAGAACAAUUAAGGUGAGUUCCAUGUGCGUAACUCUGUCUGUUUGCGUUCUACAAUUCGUCUUGCCAUCGGUGUUGCCGCAGGCACUGCUAUAUAAUUAAUCAGGUCGUGCAAAUGUCAGCUAGCUUAUUUCGCUGGUAGAGAGUUACAUUAUUUUCGCGCGAAAUGAAUGAACUUUUUUGUUAUAGGGAAGAAAACCAAGAACUUACCGGUUAAAAUUUAUCUUCCUGUUGCGACAGAUUCGUCUGAAAAAAAAAACAAAUAAAUCGAGUUCGCGUAAUGUUAGGUUUCUUCCAACACUUUUUUUACACUAUUUACACACUGGUAAAGAAAAUCCUUAUCAUACACAACAACAGCUUCGCAUUUGUGUUCUUGUCCAUUUUUGAUAAUUUUUCACUUCGUCUUUACUCGUAUUAUUUUUGUACAAUUGUUUACUUGAUCAUAUUAUUUUUCUUCCUCUUGUUCCUAGUGUGUUCUGUGCAGGUACCCACUGUGUUGCUUCAUUAUCACUAUAAUCCACUUUUACAUUGUUCUUCCUUCGAGUGAGAACCAAGUUUAUUUUUACACUAUAAAAGUUUGUAACCAAUGUUCUUCCUUACUAUUUUCUGCUGUUUUUUUUUCUGUUUCUUGUGCACAAUUUUUCCUCUAACACUUUUAGUUCUCGUUGCACAAUAUCCACUUUCGUUCAACGUCACACAAUUUAUACUUCGAACUAUUUUAUCGCGCUUUUUACCAUUAUCGAACACUACUUAUACUUGAUCUUCUUUUGACUUUAUAUUACCUCGCGUGGUUCGUUUCCUUUUCUAGAAACCGAAAAAAACCGCUGUCACCACCGUGUAGAGCUAGCUAGAGCUCUACCAGGACCUGUGAUCACUUAGAAAUCAAAAAACACACGAAGUCCUGUACGCGAACAUUCCAUUCGCGGAAUCACCUCUUUUGGAUGAUAGAUAAAGAUGAUUGAUUUUAUUGAGUAACAAUUUUGCUUAAAUAUUAACCUGUGUAACUCAGAGCGGAGAGACUCUUCUCCUCCGAAUUGAGUUAUCGCCUAUCUAGCGGUUCUAUUCUAACCUAUAGUAUUUAUUACUCUGUUUCGUUUUCGAGUUGAAUUUUAGUACAUAUUAUUAUACCGCCGACGUUAUAGAGCGCGGGCAUCGAAGCACGUGCGAGAGCGUACGGUAUUUGUUCGCGCGCUAAUUGUGAGUAUCCGAGAGCGCGCAAGCUCUCGGUACCGUGCGCAACCGUGAGCGCCUAAGGGUAACCGUGAGUGACGCUGUGCCUCCGGCUUCUGUUUUGCUUAUAGUUAAAUUGAAAAGGUAAACAUUGUGUGGCAUGCUCGUUAGGAUAUUUACAUUUCGUAAGCCACCGGUCAGUUGGCGACUCAUAACUAGGAAGUUUGGUUACUGUUCUGAAGGUAUCAUAAUAAGGAUGUUUUGUUCUGUUCGGUUCAGUUUAUAAUACAAAAAUGCCUUGAUGUCGUUCUGUUCAGCCAACAAUUCAUAAUAAGGAUGCUCUAGAAUGCUAUGUUAUUGUAACUUGUUUUUUUGCGAGUUAAGUAAACUCUUCUGCAAGCUAAUGCUCUAGUUUAUGUUGAAAUUGUUUUGAUUCUCUACAGUAUUGAGUAAGCUCGACAGCAAACUAUGGUUUUUAGCCUGAAUUCUGAUACAUCGUGACGGAACAUUGGGUAAUCUUCGCGGGGUGUGACGUCACACCAUAAUUGUAGUUACGUUACAUUAUGCGGUGCACAAUUGUGGGUCAGUCCAUAUUUUGGCAGUUUUCAUUACCUUUACAUGAUAAUGCAUCAAGACUGAAUAAAAUAACUUGUUAUCAAGCUUUUACAACAAUAAAAUAACUUGCGUUAUGUAUUUGGACGAUUUUAUAGACUAAAUGAUUUUGAAUGCUAAAAAUGACCCAUAAUUGUGUCUUUUGCUAUGUAAGUGAUAUUUCUCUUCCCAACCGAUUUACACGCAUCAACUGCAGUGAAACUAAUUGUUGAUCGAAAGUACGCAUCAGAACACAGAGAUAGAUAGUAAAACAUUCAUAGUUGAUAAUUUUUCCGAUUUUAUAUCCAUUUUUGAAUAUUCAGACAACACGUUGACUGACCCAUAAUUGUAGAGGGACUGUAUAUGAUGCAUUUGGCUUGUAUACUCUCAAUAUGCUCUUUGAAAAUAAUUUUUUUAUCGUAAAUUAGUCCCAAGUACUUAACCUUGUCAGACCAAAUUAAAAUAACCCCAUUCAUCUUGACAACGUGAUUAUUGUUUGGCUUGAGGAAAGAAGCCUUAGUCUUAUGGGGAAAAAUUAUCAUUUGAGUGUUAGAAGCAUUGGGAGAGAUUUUCCACUUUUGCAAGUAAGAACAAAAAAUAUCUAAACUUUACUGCAAUCGACUGCAUAUGACACGAAAACUUUUUCUUUUUACGGAAAUGCUUGUGUCAUCGCAGAACAAUGAUUUUGUGCAUCCUGGAGGCAAAUCACGAAGAUCUGAAGUGAAUAUGUUGUACAGGACUGGGCCCAAGACUGAACCUUGAGGCACACCUGCUCUGACAGGAAAUCUAUCAGAUUUUGAAUUCUGAUAAUCAACCUGCAGAGUUCGAUCAGUAAGAUAAUUUUCCAAAAUUUUGAUUAGGAAAAUUGGAAAAUUAAAAGUUUGCACAUUCGCAAUCAAACCUUUAUGCCAAACACUGUCGAAUGCUUUUUCCAUGUCUAAAAGAGCAGCUCCAGUGGAAUAACCUUCAGAUUUGUUAGCUCGUAUCAUAUUAGUAACUCUGAGCAAUUGAUAAGUAGUGGAAUGCCCUUGGCGAAAUCCAAACUGUUCAUCUGCAAAAAUUGAGUUUUUGUUGAUGUGAGACAUCAUUCUUUUAAGAAUAUUUCUCUCGAACAGUUUACUUAUUGAAGAAAGCAAACUGAUUGGUCGAUAACUUGAAACUUCAGCUGGAUUCUUAUCCGGUUGUAAAAUUGGAGUAAUAUUUGCAUUUUUCCACAACUUGGGAAAAUAUGCAAUUUGUAGCAGCAAUUGAAUAUUUUUACUAGAAAUUCCAUUGUGCUCUCAGGGAGAUGUUUGAUAAAUAUGUUAACGAUUUCAGCGUCACCAGGUGCUUUCAUAUUUUUGAAAUUUUUAAUAAUUGAUUUAAUCUCCUUUAAGUUUGUUUUAAUUAUUUCUGCAGGUAAAAAAUUCUGGGAAGAAAUUAAGUCAAAUUGACGUGUAACUUCUUUUUCAAUUGGACUCACAAAAUUCAAAUUUGAAUUAUGAACACUCUCAAACUGCUGCGCAAGUCUUUGAGCCUUUUGUUCAUUGGAUACAAGAAAACGUUCACCAUCUUUUAAAACUGGAAUAGACUUUGAAGGUUUCUCAAGAAUCGACAGCUUCCAAAAGGGUUUUGAAUGGUUUCAAUUUUUCAACUUUAGUCUCAAAAUUUUGAUAGCUUGAUAGUAUUGUGCAUCUCAUGAUGGGAUUCCACACGCGUAUUGAGGGCUAUUAUUAGAUACCAUUUGUUUAGAAGGAAUUUUGAAAUUAAAGGGACAAGUUUCAAUAGAAUGAGUCUAUUUGAAAGCAAUCCAAGUCCGGUUCAAAAAGAAUCGACUUUGCUGAAUGUUUUUGCGCGCACUUGUCUAGGCACGUCCGAUUCUUUUAGCAGUUAGUAUCUUAAGUCUUAAGAAUAUACAUUCUGUAAUACGAAAGUUUUGUUUGAUUAUGAUAACACCGCCUUCUCUUGACGUUUACGAUUUACUCUUACGAACAGAUAAAUGACUAACAAACCAUCUCUGUCGAGUCAGCUGAACUUUUUUCAUCUUCUCUCAAAGAAUUCAUUGUGCUGGCAUAUUUGAAAGUGUACAGUUUACAUUAUUACAUGCCUGUUUCGUACCAGUGCAGCAAUUUGUUUUUCAAUAUUUCUAGAUUUUUAUAAAAGCAUGCAUAUAAAGUGCGCAAUUUUCCAAAUGUACGAAAUUGAGAGCCUAGUGAAAUAUCUUAUAUUCUUCCGUAGAAAAGGGCAUGAAAGGAAAAAAAAUGAGAUCAGAUCUCGUGUUCGCUACUGGCUUAACGAUAUCGUCGAUGAAAUGCGCAAGAAAAGUCCUGCAUCAGUACAAAAGUGGGUGGAUUCAAUACAAAUUCCAUCAUCGACAAAUGCUAGCAGUGAUACUGACCCCGGCCCAUCAUCUAGCCAGCUAGCAGCCGAAGUACAGUUGGGUGUGGACCGUUCAGAUCCUGGGGAAAUAACUGGAUCUAGUCUGGAGUUGGAAAACAACGAACUUGUAGUAGGAGUAGGGGGUUCCACAACCACUUCUUACGAUGAUUAUGCUGCAGUUGAAACUUCUGUAUCGAACGAUGGCAAGUCGAGAUCAAUAAAAAACUUGCUGUCAAUGAAACUUGAAAAACUCAACCGCAGCAAUGUAAAUUUAGAGCAAGAAAAUUCUGCAACUUUAGAGCAAGAAUCUUCAGCAGUAGAAGCAGAGCCUCGGAAAAGCACCUCUUUAGCAUCAAUCGGUAAAAUUAAAAUCAAUGAGUUUUAUGAUAAAUUAAGCAUGAACAAAGCAAAGUAUAAUUUAAUAAAGUCUAAGAAGCUUGAUAUACGUAACAUGUUGGGAGCAAGUAAAGAAAAUCUCACGCAUCCACUACAAUCCCAACGACAGGCAGAGGACUUCCAGUCGGAAGCAAAAGCUGACACCGAAGAAGGAAUGGAACCCUUGCAUAUAGUUGAAAGCCUCGAAGAACAUAAACUGCAUGACUCUGAGGCCAGUGGUAAGGUCAGCACCGGUGACAUCUAUGAAUUUUCUUUUGAUGAGUCUUUUCCGAAGGACGAGGACAUACUAGAUGCAAGUGAAGAUGAAGAAAAGGAAAAUGUCAAAAUGCCGCCGGAUUGCUACGAGAACUUUCUCAUUCCCCCGAAAAGCUAUCAUCGAAUGGGUAUUGGUAGAAUUGGUCGCAGCUCUAGUGAAAAUCCUCAUACUAAUAAGCGUUUCAAUUUGAUGGAAAUCGGGCGCAGCUUUAGCGAAAUGAAUGAUGACGAUCAGUUUGACAUCAGUGAAUCUAACAAUAGUUGUCCGAACCCGUCGUCCCUAAAUACAAGUUCCAGCAUCAAUAACAGUAACAAUAAUAUACUAACUAGAUCCGUUCCAGUUAGCCCCAUUCCACACGCAUCGAGUAAGCUUAGUAUUCAUCAAGAAAACUCUUUGUCGGAAUCCCCUCGACGUCGUAGUGCUAUGUUGAUAAAGGAUAGUUCGUUGCAGUCUGACUCUAGUCGAUGUUCAAGUGUUGAAAGUCUACUGAAUGCUCGAAAACCAGAUCCAGAAAGAAUACUGUUGAAUCUUGGUUUCGGUCCAGCACCACACAGCGGGGAUGUGUUGUCCAAAAUCCCUAAGAGGUUUCUUAAACCAUCACAGGUACGAGGCGUCGACACGGAAGCCUUCUUGCGCCAGCAACAACUAUCGAUGCAUAUUCACGAAAACAGUGUGCUCGGAUAUCGUGGACUAGUCGGAAAUCCUCACAUUCCUCCUUCUAUGAUAGUAGCGAAAAUUAUGGAACGCUUUCAGGAAAACGAGCGUGGUCGACUAGUUCGCAGCAGUACUUGUGCAAACGCAUCCGUCGGAAUGUCCACUUCAGCCCCAACCGGACGUAUGCCCGAAAGCCAUAACUCAUCGGGACCUCCGUCACCAAUUCCAAUUCAACGCCACUCAUCACUUGCCUCCGACGAACGGAUACAAUUCUAAAACGUACAAUGAAACUUUUGCCGUUUAGUGUUAAUCUUUGAACUGUAUUGUAUUGCAAUUCUUGUCAUAGUUCUAUUUGUGUAAUUCUCAUCUAUCGAGCUUAAACUCUAUCUACAAUGUACUCUAACUAAUCGACAACUUUUUUAAUAUUUUUUACAACUUUUGUACUUGACAUAUUACUACAUUCCUAUAAAGAACUUGUAACCUUUGAAACUACUUAAUGAAACUUUGAAAGUUCAAAAAUCAUUCGAAACACUAAAACCAAUUACUAAAAAUCGUUAGACACGUGAAGAACGACAAAUAUUUUUGGAUAAUGAAUCUCUGUAUAAUUACCUUACAUAUAGUUUUGAUACAACUUUAGGGUACAAGUUCUGAAUAUCAAAUCAUACAUAUCUAUAAAACUACCUGGUAGUUGCACUAGUUAAUUAUGAGCUGAACACAUGAGACUGCCUGAAAAGACAUGUUGGUAGAGGACGGCAUACACCCUUAAAUCAGCGUAGCUGAUUGCCUUUUGUGAUUGGAAAAUAGUUUUAUAUGAAUCUAUCAAACUUCUCUCUAACUGUUUCAUUAGGAAAUAUAAAAAAACACAUGGCUUGGAUUGGUAUAAGUUUCAAACACAUUAGGUUCAAUUGAAAUCCAGAUGAGAAUCAUGAAUCUCUAUUAUAGUUAAUGCAACAGACUAGUGAGAGAACAAAAAUAUAUUCUUGAAAAAAUACGUAGAAAUAUAAAUCAAUCUCUUUGUAA